UAUUUCUGAUCCCUUUCGUUUGAUUGAAUGAAUAUACCCGUUUAUUGGAAGCCGGGUGUCCUUGUAUUGAAGGGAUAUAUAAACAUGGCUUAAAACUAAUGCAAUGUGUUCUGACCAUUCAGUAAAACCAUUUACUAAUACAUCAUGAUUGCUAAGGUUGCAUUCUUCCUCACUGCUUUGGCAGCUGCUCAUGCCACUGCACUCCUCGCUCCAGCUGUGUAUGGACAUGGACUUGCCAUCAAAGCACCAGCAGCUCCCAUCAUCACUGCUCCCCUUCUUAGCAAAUCUGUGAUUCAUGCUCCAGCAGCUCCUCUUCUUCACGCCCCUGUAGCACCACUCCUCCAUGCUCCUCUAGUCUCCAAAACCGUUCUAUCUGCACCAACAUAUGCUGUUCAAAAAUCAGUGGUCACUACUCAUCAUGCUGCUCCAGUAGCUUAUGCUGCUCCUCUUCCAUAUGCCGUUGCUAAGACCGCUCCAAUCGCCCCUGUUCUAACCCACACUGGACUUCUUGGAGCAGCCCCAUUGGCCUACACUGGACUUUUGGGACAUGGACUCGCCUAUUCUGGACAUCCUCUUGCAUAUGGACAUGGUCUUUAUGCCCCUAAGCUUGGCUAUUCUAAAUUACUUUUGUAAAAAGAAUUUUAAAGUCAUUGUAAAAAAAUUUAGAUAAUAAAUAGUGUAAAUACAGCA